AUAUUGAAUUAAUCCACUUUUAUCAAUAUGAAUUGUGUUUAAACAUGUUUUUCGACUAGAAAAUGUUUCUUCCUAUCGUUUCAAGAUGUUUUCCUCGCGAUUUAUAUAUGGACUGAUGAAUUAUUAACAAAAAAGUGUUUGUCCGCGUUCACGUUCACGGGAACUCUAAACCUACCUUUAUAUAGGAAUCACUGCCAACUGACAUACCUAAAGUGAUAAUGCGUGUUUCUGUUGUUCUAUUGGCAGCUUAUUUUCUUUGCAAUCAGACGUAAUCAAUAAUUUAUUUUUUUAUAAAUCUUUCAAGAAAUGAAUUAACGACGGGUACGGUGUGAAUUGGCUAGGGUGCCCUUACAACGUAACUCAAAUGUUCUGAGAAUCUUUGUGCUAAAUACAAGAGAAAAACAGUGAUAUUGAAGCAGAAUGUCUCGCCAUCGGAAUGUUCGUUCGUUGAAUUACGAAGAAUACGAUGAUGAUGAUGACUAUCAUUACGGUCAGUCAGUGGAAGACGAAUGUAUCUCUCCAACGGAUGCUCAACAAUGGAUCUAUGAUAGGGCAAAAGGUGAGCAGAGCAUGUCUGCUUUCCUGGCAAACAACCGAGAUAUUGAAGAAGAGGAUGAUGAUGAAUUGGAAGCAGAUCGCGAAGAAGACAAGAGACACGCAAGACGAGAUUCAGAGUGCUAUCAACUUCCGGAAUUGAAUGACGUAGAUCGAACGCGAUUGGUUUCGUGCAUGGACGAAAUUAGGAACAUUGUCGGUGAAUCAGUCACCGAUAGGCAACUGGUUGAAGCAAUUAUGAAACACAAUUACGAUUUCAAUAAAGCUUUGGAUGAAGUUCUGAACAGUAGCAAGGCGUCGGCUACUUCCGUCGAAAACGUCAGGAAGGAUAAUUUGGAACCUGUCGAAAAAGGUAUAAGUGCACUUUUAAUGAAGAAAUCAGAAAAGCUGCUCCACCAGAAUCAGUCGCUGCUGACAACGGCUAUCCCGACUGGAGAUCCAUUGAAGCCUUCUAUACUGAUUACGCCAACUGUCAAAAGAGCUGGCGUCACACUCGGUUUCGAUGUCCCCACUAGUCCCAGGACUCUCUCACCUUCGGCAUCUGGUCGUAAUACACCAGAAUCAAGCGAUGAAUCGAAGCAACAGAAUCAAUCGUUUAAACAGCUCCCAAAAGAGCCACAGCGCAACGCUCAGGACCUGUUCAAGAAGGAGCGCGGCUCGGAUAAGCAACAUAUUCACAUGGUAGUGAUAGGACAUGUAGAUGCUGGCAAGAGUACGCUCAUGGGGCAUUUACUCUACGACACCGAUAAUAUUCCUCAACGAGUAAUGUUGAAAAAUGAACAUGAGAGUAAAAAAUUAGGCAAGCAGAGUUUUAUGUAUGCGUGGGUGUUGGAUGAAACAGGAGAGGAACGCGAACGUGGCAUUACAAUGGACGUCGGAUGUUCGAAGUUUGAAACAGAUAAUAAACAGAUAACGCUGUUGGAUGCACCUGGACAUAAGGAUUUCAUUCCAAAUAUGAUCUCAGGAGCAAAUCAAGCGGACGUUGCACUGCUUGUAGUUGAUGCCACGAGGGGUGAAUUCGAGACAGGAUUCGAACAAGGAGGCCAAACGAGAGAGCAUGCCCUGCUAGUGCGUUCAUUAGGUGUGAAUCAGCUGGGAGUAGUUGUGAACAAAUUGGACACAGUGAAUUGGUCUAAAGACCGUUUCGAUGAAAUCGUAAGCAAAUUGAAGGUGUUCCUAAAGCAGGCUGGGUUCAAGGAGUCUGAUGUGACUUACGUUCCCUGCUCAGGCCUAACCGGUCAAAAUUUAGUCAAAGAUCCAACUGAUCCCGAGCUAUUGAAAUGGUAUAAAGGUCCCACAUUGCUGAAGGUCAUAGACUGCUUCAAAACACCAGAGCGCUCGAUUGAUAAACCCUUUCGAAUGCCAGUUUCGGAUAUUUUCAAAGGUACGGGAUCUGUGUUUUGUAUAUCUGGUCGCAUUGAAUCCGGUAUCAUUUGUGCGAACGACAAAGUGCUCGUGUGUCCUAGCAAAGAGCAAGCCGUUGUUAAGAACAUUACGAUAGAAGAGGUGCAAUAUACGACCUGUUUUGCUGGCGACCAGGUCUCCAUCACGUUGGCAAACAUCGAUGUUGCGAACAUUGCUGUAGGGUACAUACUCAGUGACAUCUACAAUCCAAUCCCUCUGUCAACAAGGAUUCGCGCCCGUAUUGUGGUGUUUAAUAUCAAAGUCCCCAUUACAAUGGGCUAUCCAGUCCUUCUGCAUCACCAGUCACUGAUUGAACCAGCAAUAAUUUACAAACUGAAAGCACAACUUCAUAAAGGUACAGGCGAAGUGAUCAAGAAAAAUCCCCGUUUUUUGGGUAACAAUUCAUGUGCCCUGGUUGAUAUUGAAUUUCAGCGACCUAUUUGCAUGGAGCGUUACGCUGACUGCAAAGAACUCGGGAGAAUCAUGUUGCGAGUCGGUGGAGUAACCAUUGCUGCCGGACUCGUUACAGACAUUGUUAAAUAGAGUCAGUUUUUUUUUUUGGAAUAUUAAGGCCAAACGAAUGUAAAUUUGUUCGAA